AUAAAGAUGGAGCACUUAUUCCUUCUAUACAGAAGCCUCCAAGCUGAUGAUCACACAUAGAAAACUAAAUAAACAUUGACCACAAACAAAGGUUACAACAUGGAUACCGUUCACAAGCCCCUGCCAAAACCUGAAGAGUCUUCUUCAAAUGGUCCUGCUGAUUUGAAAUGCACCAAUGCUACCGUAGAUGAAAGUCCAAUUCUUGCAACUCAAAAUUCCACCUGGAAACUGCUUAUGAAUGAAACAUUAACUGAGACUGACCUUUCUAGGCUUUCUAAAGAAUGUCACGACAACCUAGUUACUGAACAAAUGAGGGUAGAAGAGGGGAACCAGAGAGUAUACAUCAAUAUAGCUGGUCUCAGAUAUGAAACCAAACUUCAAACCCUUAAUGAAUUUCCUGACACACUCCUUGGAGAUCCUCUAAAAAGAAUUCACUAUUUUGACUCCAUGAAAAAUGAAUACUUUUUUGAUAGAAAUCGUCCUAGUUUCGAUGGAAUUCUUUAUUACUACCAAUCUGGUGGAAAAAUACGCCGUCCAGCCAAUGUACCAAUCGAUGUGUUUGCAGAUGAGAUUGUUUUCUACGAGCUUGGAAAUGAAGCUUUGGAUCAGUUUCGAGAUGAUGAAGGUUUUCUAAAGGAUCCAGAAAUACCUUUACCAACAAAUGAUUAUCAUAGGCAAUUCUGGUUGCUUUUUGAAUACCCGGAGAGCUCAAGUGCAGCGAGAGGCAUGGCAUUGGUUUCUGUUUUGGUUAUUGUUAUUUCCAUAUUAAUAUUCUGUUUGGAAACAUUACCAGAAUUUAGAGAAGAAGGUCUUUUUAAAUAUUCAAGCAAUUUUACUCGGGAGGCUGCAUAUUUUAAUACCUUCACGGACCCAUUUUUUCUUGUAGAGACUACCUGCAUUCUUUGGUUUUCAUUUGAACUUGCUGUCCGCUUUAUCGUCUGCCCAAGUUCUUCCGAGUUCUUUCAAAAUAUUAUGAAUAUUAUUGACAUUGUAUCUAUCAUUCCAUAUUUUGUAACAUUUCUCACAGAACUUGUAAAGCAAACAGAGCUUAAUGGACAACAAAACAUGUCUCUAGCUAUUUUAAGAAUUGUUCGACUUGUUAGAGUUUUCCGAAUUUUCAAGCUCUCAAGACAUUCAAAGGGACUUCAGAUAUUAGGACAAACCCUAAAAGCCAGCAUGAGAGAGUUGGGAUUGUUAAUAUUUUUUCUUUUUAUCGGUGUCAUUUUGUUUUCUAGCGCUGUAUAUUUUGCAGAAGUUGAUGAACCUAAAUCUCAAUUUGUCAGCAUCCCUGAUGGCUUCUGGUGGGCUGUAGUAACUAUGACAACAGUUGGAUACGGAGAUAUGUGUCCAAUCACAUUAGGGGGUAAAGUGGUAGGUACCCUUUGUGCUAUUGCAGGGGUGCUUACUAUUGCUCUCCCAGUUCCUGUUAUUGUAUCAAACUUUAAUUACUUCUAUCACAGAGAAACAGAAAAUGAGGAACGGCAAACUUUACCUACAGAAGUAGAGAAAAUAAGUAUAAGUAACUUAACUCGAUCGGUAAGCAGCUCUUCUCUGAAGAAAGAUAAUGGAUCCUGUAUUCCAGACAAGAAUGGUAAAGCUUAA